AUGCGUCAGUAUCUAGGCACUGGUGAAGACUUACUGCACAGGACUCCGGCAGCACAGCAGACAACCAACCACAGACUCCACUGCAUAGCAAAGGAUAUACCAGAGAGAGGAUGCUUCAGAAAUUCCCAAGUGCUCCCAUGGACCGUGGCUGGGGCCUCCAUCCUGUUUCUCAGUGUCUGUUUCAUUACCAGAUGUGUUGUAACGUAUCGCAGCAGUCAAAUUGACGAGCAGAAAAAGCUGCUGGCCCAUGAAACUGUCAAGGAGCUCUCCUGCUACGGGGUCACGUCAGGUUCUGUCAGGAGCUGCUGUCCUUUGAACUGGAAACGUUUUCAGUCCAGUUGUUACUUUUUCUCUACAACCACCCUGACCUGGCCGUCAAGUUUAAAGAAUUGCUCAGAAAUGGGCGCUCACCUGGUGGUUAUCAACACUCCGGAAGAGCAGGAAUUCCUUUUUAAGACAAAACCCAAGAGGAAAGAGUUUUAUAUUGGACUGACAGACCAAGUGGUUGAGGGGCAGUGGCAGUGGGUGGAUGGCACGCCUUUCACAGAGUCCCUGAGCUUCUGGGAUGCUGGGGAGCCUAACAAUAUAGUUUAUGUGGAGGACUGUGUCACCAUAAGAGACUCUGGAAAUCCCAGGAAGAAUUGGAAUGAUAUACCGUGUUUUUACAAUAUGCCUUGGAUCUGUGAAAUGCCAGAAAUUAAUCCUUUGGACUAA